AACAAUUGAAUAAAUAAUCCUGGCCAACCAAAUAACCCCUAAAUAGAUAACUCCAAAUCAGACACAUGAAAAUUUGUGAUAAAAAAAGGAAGUAUUUUAAAGUUUAACUAGUCUAACUACCCUCCACUUGAAACUUCUCAAGCACGACGUAUAAAAACCCUAAACACCGCGCCAAAUGAACCCAAUCAUCCUAAUUUCCCCAAAAUUCAAAAUCAGUUAAUCAGUUACCAUUAAUAGAAAGAGGAGAGAGAAAGUGAGUGAAGAACCGCCAUGGAAGAACCGCCAUCGCAGGGAGAUUCCAAGGUUUUCAGCGUUCGAAUCGUUUCGAUUGAUCAUUACAUGGCUCCUCCAAUUCCAGAUUUCGACAUUUCUUACAGCAGCUUCCAAGGUGGAGGUGUGAAGGAAGUGCCUGUUAUAAGAAUCUUUGGCUCCACUCCUGCUGGUCAGAAAGCUUGUGUGCAUGUUCAUCGAGCUUUACCAUAUUUAUACGUGCCCUGCUCAGAUAUACCACUUCAUCUAAAUCCAGAAGGUAGUGUUUAUGAGAAUGCCAUAUCUUUUGCUGUUGAGAAGGCUUUGAAGCUCAAGGGCAAUGCUGGUACAAAAAGGCAGCAUGUGCAUAGUUGCAAUGUAGUCCGUGCAAAGAAAUUUUAUGGUUACCAUUCAUCAGAGGAGCUAUUUGUAAAGAUAAAUCUAUAUCAUCCCCAUGAUGUCUCUCGUGCUGCUAAUCUUUUGCUGAGCGGUGUUGUCUUUGAGAAGUGUCUACAGCCCUAUGAAUCACAUAUUCCCUUCCUUCUGCAAUUUCUGGUUGACUACAACUUAUAUGGCAUGGGCCAUAUGCAUGUUUCAAAAAUGAAGUUUCGUCAUCCAGUGCCUGGUGAUCUCCGUGUUGAGAAUGCUGAUCAUUCUAAUCCAGAAACUUUUGUUGGGAAGUCUUCUUAUUCUCAGGCAGAUGUGGCUUCUAGUUCACAUCCAUUGCCACUAGUUUGGAGGUCUUUAACAAUUCCAGAUGAAUGGAUGUGGCAAUAUCCUUCCGUAAGUGGUGCUUCAUUAACUCCUGUCAACAAUUUUGUAAAUCGUCAAAGUAUUUGUGAACUUGAGGGGGAUGCCACUGUAGAAGACAUUUUGAAUCAGCAGUUGAAAAUGUAUACAUCCCUCUCACAAACUCGUUCAGAUGUGAGAAUGGUUCAGUCGCUUGUUCCUAUAUGGGAGGAAGAGUUUGAAAGGAGUGGAGUUCAUGAUGCAGAAAUACUGGCUGAUCCUGGUCGGCCACCUCCUCAAGAUGUUUUGAAAACCUUGUCAAAUGGUGUCGAGUACAUGGACAACCUUAAGGGUUUGUAUAGCAAAUUAGAAAGCAAUUUGUUAGAUAGAUCUGAAGAUGUGAAUUCUAUGGUGCCAACACAAUGUCCAAUAGAAGAGGAGAGUGUAAUGGGAACAAGAAACCAAAACUCAAAUGAGCUAGUAUUGAGAUCCUCUGAAGAUGUAAAUAUCAAGCAUUGUGUGACACCAAAGCAAUCAGUGCCCGCUGACGCUAUAGGUGCAUUAUUGAGAAAAUCAGUUGAAAUGGAUGAAUUGGAUAUUCUUCAGGGUACAGAUUCAGAGGAUGUAGCAUUAUUGAAGUGGCUAGCUUCCUCACAGGCUGCAGUAGAUAUGAACUCAGAUGACGAACUUCACCAGGAGACCAUUCUAAAUCCCCUGUUGCCAGCAGCAACCAUUAAUAAAGUGUUGGAUAUAGCUAAUACAGAUUAUGAGAAUGAAUCUCAGCAAGAGUGUCAGGACAUACUUGAUUCAAUUGUAGAUGUGUUAAAUUCUGAUGAUAAAAAAGGAAAAAGAACUUCUGUUGGUCAAGAUUUAUCUGGCUCAAAAAUUCCACAGUUUGAUGGUGCUGGAGAUGAUCAUCAAUUUACUCCUGCUGCUAAUUUACCUGAACAAAUAGACACUGAAUCAGUGUCUUCCAAGCAUCAUACAUUUCCCCAUUGCAGCUCUAGCUUUGAUGACAAGCAAAAAAAGCCCAAAUUACAGUUUGGUCACCAAUUAACUCCUGCUGCUAAUUUACCUGAGAAAAUGGACACUGAAUCAGUGUCUUCCAAGCGUCAUACAUUUCCCCAUUGCAGCUCUAGCUUUGAUGACAAGCAAAAAAAACCCAAAUUACAGUUUGGUCACCAAUUAACUCCUGCUGCUAAUUUACCUGAGAAAAUGGACACUGAAUCAGUGUCUUCCAAGCGCCACACUUUUCCCCAUAGCAGUUCUAGCUUUCAUGACAAGCAAAACAAGUCCAAAUUACAAUUUGGUCCUCUACCUUUUUCUGAAGGCCAACAAUUUACUACCAAUAUACAUUCUGAUCCUUCAACUAAGAAUGCAGAUGGUAGUGGCUGCUAUGUAGUUGACUCAAGAACACAACACAGCGGUUCUGUACGAGACUUGAUGAGGAAAAAGCGAAGCUUCCGAGUUGGAUCAUCCAGUUCAGAAAAAAGUGUGGGAGAAGGUUUUGUAAAGGAAAAUAAUGUAUUCUAUCCGAGGAAGUUGGAAUUUCAUACAGAGCCAUCAGAAGAACAAAAUUUGAUGGCUGCUGAAUUUUCUCCUUCUAGUCAUAUGCAGAUAGACAAACAAACAAAAGUGUGUGAAGUUAUACAAUCUGCUACUGAUUGUCUUGUUGGAAAAGAGAAGCAAGGUAUUGCAAACUCAUCUGUAGCUGAUCCAGAAGUUGUCAAAGUUGACUCUGUAGAACAGCAUGCGUCUGUGAGCCUACCAUUUGCAUUUGGCCACGUGGAUGAGACAGAGUCCGUAGGAUAUAUCAGCAUGACUUUCCACAAGAAACCUCCGUUAGCUAGCUGGAAAAAUGGCACAUCUGAAAAUUCAUCAUCAAUACCUGUUCCCUCCCGUUGGUGUUCUGUCAAAGAUGACAGUGACGAUGAAGGAACAUCAGUGCAGGGUGGAGUUCCAGAAGAUGUUCAUCCAUUUUUUACUGACUCCAAUAAAAGUGUCUCCCAGGAUUCACAUGGUGUUGGUGACUUCUGUCAGGAUUCUCUCAUAGGAGUUCCUACUCAUUAUUAUAAUGAUGGUUCUUAUGCUUAUUUAUUGACCCCAGCAGUUUCACCUCCAUCAGUUGAUUCUGUUUUUAAAUGGCUAGCGCUUGAAGAAAAAGAACAUACACGUGCAAAGCCCUUACCUGAUGAUUCCUCUGAAUUAACACUUUUGGAGCCCAUGAAUAAUCAGCUAGAUGGUGAAAAUCAUAGAAAUUUAGACAUGGAAGGAGUUCUAAUGAAAGAUGAGCUUGCCCCAUGCCUUGAUAAAGGGAGUUCUUUGAAAGAAAAAAAUUUGACAAAGUUAUCACAAGACAUCUCUCAGAUCUCAGGACCCAGUGGGCAGUCAAAGUCUACUCCUCUCAGUCAAAUCGGCUUUAGAGACCCUGCCAGUGUUGGCGCUGGCCAACAACUGACACUGUUGAGUAUAGAGGUCCAAGCAGAAUCCAGGGGAGAUCUUCGUCCUGAUCCACAGCAUGAUAGUAUAAAUAUUAUUGUUAUAGCAGUCCAAAAUGAUAGUAGUCCAUCUGUCGACAUCUAUGCACUUCUGCGUGGUUCAACUGAAGGUUGUGGAAGAAACUUGGAUGGAAUAUCAGAAUGCAGGAUGCUUGUUUAUCCUGAAGAGAGGGAUUUGCUUGACAAAUUUAUAAGUAUAACAUGCUCAAUUGAUCCAGAUAUCUUAAUUGGAUGGGACGUCCAAGGCAACUCACUUGGAUUUUUAGCUGAAAGGGCUUCUCACUUAGGUCUUAGCUUGAUUAACAAGAUCUCUCGUACACCAGCAGAAAGAAAGGCAGUCAACAGAGACCUGGAUACUUCUGACAAGGAAACUGCUGCAGCUGUAUCUUCUGAUUCUCUGAUGUCUGAUACUGUUCUCGAUGAUAAUACUAUAAUUGAGGAUGAAUGGGGUAGGACCCAUGCAAGCGGUGUCCAUGUAACUGGAAGAAUAGUCCUCAAUGUUUGGAGACUCGUGCGUAGUGAAGUUAAAUUAAAUAUGUAUUCACUAGAGGCUGUGGCAGAAGCUGUUUUGAGACGAAAAGUUCCGUCGAUUCAUUGGAACAUAUUGAACAAAUGGUUCUCAAGUGGUCCUGGGAAAGCAAGAUUCCGUUGCAUUGAGUAUUUUGUGGAGAGAGUAAAGUUGAACUUUGAUAUUGUGAACCAGCUUGAUAUGAUAAACCGCACAUCAGAGCUAGCUCGUGUUUUUGGAAUCGACUUUUUCUCUGUUUUGUCUCGUGGCUCUCAGUAUCGUGUUGAAUCCAUGCUUGUAAGGUUGGCUCAUACACAGAACUAUGUUCUUAUUUCUCCAGGGUAUCAACAGGUAGCCUCUCAACCUGCAAUGGAGUGCAUACCUCUUGUAAUGGAGCCAGAAUCUGGUUUCUACUCAGAUCCAGUUGUUGUUUUGGAUUUUCAGUCACUCUAUCCGUCCAUGAUUAUUGCAUACAACCUUUGCUUUUCUACCUGCCUUGGCAAUGUUGUCCCAUCAAAAGCCGAUUGCCUUGGGGUCAGCUCAUACUCCCCAGAUUUGCAAAUUUUGAAGGAUUUAAAUCAACAGAUACUGGUUACCCCUAAUGGUGUAAUGUAUGUGCCGUCUGAGGUGCGUAAAGGAAUUCUACCUCGGCUGUUGGAAGAAAUUUUAUCCACUAGGGUUAUGGUGAAGCAAGCAAUGAAGUCAUUGGCACCUUCACAGCAAGUUCUUCAGAGGAUAUUUAAUGCCAGACAGCUUGCAUUAAAGCUAAUUGCUAAUGUAACUUACGGAUACACAGCUGCUGGAUUUAGUGGUCGCAUGCCUUGUGCAGAGCUGGCAGACAGCAUUGUUCAGUGUGGUCGUAAAACACUUGAACAUGCUAUCUUAUUUGUCAACAAACAUGAUCAAUGGAAUGCUAGGGUUCUGUAUGGUGAUACUGACAGUAUGUUUGUUCUUCUUAAAGGGCGCACUUUAAAAGAGGCUUUUCGAAUUGGAAAUGAGAUAGCUUCCACAAUUACAGCAAUGAAUCCAAAUCCUGUCAAAUUGAAGAUGGAGAAGGUCUACCAGUCCUGCUUUCUUCUUACUAAAAAGCGAUAUGUAGGAUACAGUUAUGAGAGCCUCAGUCAACCAGCACCUAUGUUUGAUGCUAAAGGUAUUGAGACAGUUCGUAGAGACACUUGUCCUGCUGUUGCAAAGACCUUGGAGAAGUCGUUGAGAAUGUUUUUUGAAUGCCAGGACAUUUCCAAGCUUAAAGCUUAUCUUCAGCGCCAAUGGUCCAGAAUCCUUUCAGGAAGGAUUUCAAUUCAAGAUUUUGUCUUUGCAAAAGAGGUCCGAUUGGGGACUUACAGCACAAGGGCUUCAUCAUCACUGCCUCCAGCAGCAAUUGUUGCUUCUAAAGCAAUGAGAGUUGAUCCAAGAGCUGAACCUCGAUAUGCUGAGCGUAUCCUUUAUGUUGUUGUCCAUGGAGAACCAGGUGCUCGAUUGGUUGACAUGGUUGUUGACCCACAGGAACUCUUGUCUAUGGAGUCUCCCUAUAGACUGAAUGAUUUGUAUUACAUCACAAAGCAGAUAAUACCAGCUUUACAGCGGGUAUUUGGGCUUAUAGGUGCUGAUUUAAGGCAGUGGUUUCAGGAUAUGCCACGGCCUGUUAGGGAUGCUCCUGCAAAGCAACACUUCAGUGCUGUAAAUUCUCUCCGAGCUAGAAUUGAUUAUUACUAUUCCUCAAAACAUUGUGUACUCUGCGGAGAACUUGUCCAAACAGCUAAUUAUUUUUGUGAAAAAUGUUCCAAGAAGGGCCCUGUUACCGUUGCCGCUAUGACUGGAAGAACUUUAAAAUUGGAGAGAGACAUCCAACACCUUGUUGCUAUUUGUCGGCAUUGUGGUGGUGGAGAUUGGCUGGUGGAAAGUGGCGUCAAGUGUACUUCUCUAGCAUGCUCGGUAUAUUAUGAGAGGCGGAAAGUUCAGAAAGAACUGCGGGCUUUCUCUGGUAUUGCUACUGAAGCAGGUUUUUAUCCUAAGUGUAUGGUGGAGUGGUUCUGAAUGUUUUCAUCAUUUUCCUAUAAAGAAACCGCAAGGUGAUUAUAGGAUAGGUGAGGUUUUGGUAGGGAAUUUUUUUUUUUUUUUUCUCCUGCCCUCUUCAACUUAAUGUGAAUAUGUACUACGUAUUUUUUUUUCCUACUCGUAUAAUGCAGUGUACGGAUGCAGAUGUAUAUGGAUAUUAUGGUCAUAUAUUUGUACAGAUUAAUCUGUAGUGUGUAGGAACAUCUCUUCGUGUGUAUACAGAAUUAGAAGCCAGGAAUAUACUGUUGUUUGUUGUAUCUCUUGUUCAUUGUAAAUGUAACAGUGGAAGUGUUUAUAUUUUGUUCAAUCUAUUGCUCUUCUAUGUUGAUUUA